AUGCGAGAAGAUGGGAAGUUCUCAGAUCUCCUAGUCAGAUGCCAAUCUUCAACCUUCCACGUUCAUUGCUGCAUUGUGUGCCCACAGUCGCCAUUUUUCGACAAGGCAGCAAAUGGUAAUUUCGAGGAAUCUGAAUCCCGCGUCAUCAACAUUCACGAUGACCCUUUCAUCGUAUCCAAGUUGUUUGAUUUUCUUUACCGUGCGGACUACGAUGACUCACCAGACGAUACGGAUGGUCCAGGUGCGGAUAAUGAAUCUGCUGCGAACCAAGAGGGAAUAUCACCGACCGAGCGUAUCUCCCAAGAUGCUCUUUCAAGGCAGUGGAGGCGUGCACAGACCAAUGUGCAAAUCUAUAUUAUAGCCGAUAAGUAUAUGAUUGAAGGACUGAAAGAUAUAUCCAAAAGAAAGUUGAACUCCAACAUGGAAAAUAACUGGGACGACUGCGGAUUUCUCACGGUUGUCAGCGAUGUCUAUGGGUCUCAGUGUCCGCCAAGAUCAGACCUACGUGAAAUUAUCAUACGCUUCGCUCUUCGACAUCUCGGUACGCUUCAGACAUUCCGGCAGUUUGAUGACGCCCGAAAAGAAUACCCCGAGUUUGUGUAUGAACUGUCCACGGCUUUGAUAGAACGAGUUGUCGAACUGGAAAAGAGAACAUGUGACAAUCAGAUUGUUAAGCCGAGUAUCUUCCGCUCUGUUCCUGUUCCAUCCGUGCGCCAAACGCCCAGACAUUUCUACUGCGGGCUUUGUACUAGGUCUUUCGAGAGCAGAACUGGCCUUCGACAGCAUGACAGCGCUGUACAUAGCUGGUGCACUGAUUGUGGACAACCAUUCCGGUCGCCCGAAAAAGCUCGAAAACACCGCCUGAGCAGACAUGGUGGGUUUUAG